AUGGCGACGCCCUUCAAGUUUCACCUGCCCGCUGAGUGUCGGUCAUUCACCCUGUUUCCCCGUCUCCCCAUCGAAGUCCGCCACAAGAUAUGGGAGGCCUACCUUUCCGACCCGGGCAUCAACUUUGUCAAGCUGCAAAUUUGUGAUCGCGGUUGGAGGUCGCAGCGAGUUCCCCUGCGGUCUAUUUCUCUGGGCACCGUCACCGCCAGGAGCCAAGAGCCCGUCGACGAUGAUUCUGGCAGCGGCUUGGAUGCAGUCGAUUUGAUGGUGAUUCAAAAGGACUUUAACCCACGCCCCUUUAUUCACGCCAAGCUGGCUGCCCAGAACCCACACUGGAGGGGCGACGCCUCGCGCUACGAGGUGCUGUAUCGCCAGCUCGCCGUCCUCUCCAUGACGUGCGUAGAGUCGGCGAAUCUGGUCAAGAACCUCGUCUCGAGGCCCGGGGUCCUGCGAAUGGAAAACGGCAACAUUCUUACCCUGGAUAACUCUCCCGACUUGGUCUUCUUGGAUUACCUCCCCAACAAUGUUUAUCAGUUCAACUUCACCCUCGACAUCAGACUCUUCUGCCCGGGUCUCGACCUCGUACGGCGCGUCGCCGUACGCUUCUCCCACACCUGGAAGUCCGAAAGGGACACGCAUUGCCACUCGUGCACAAUCCCCAACCAUCACGCCGGUACGCGAACCUACCCCAUCCAUCUGUACCAGUUUCUGGCCAGAUGCCUGCCGAACCUUGAGGAGUUUUACUUUGUAGACUACUUCGUGGUCCCACGCGACAAGCAGCAGGGCCGGAACCUCGUUAACCUCGCCAGCAACGGCAACGGUUUGAGGCCUCUGCAGGUAUUUCGAGCAAAGGAUCGAUGGUUCUGUGAAAUCAUGGACGGCGAAGCCAGUGCCUCGAAGUGGAAGGUUGAGCCCGAAGUCUUCAACAUCCGAGACUGGCUCCGAGAUCGCUUCGUGCGCUACGCCAAAGCAAGCCAUACGAGCCGACACAAGGCGCCUGAGAGGGUUUACUUUGGCGUCCUUGCAUGCGACUGGAACGUUGGGCGACCGGUCACGCGCAGGGGGCCCUCGACUACGCCGUUUGGCCAUCUCCGAGCCAAGCCGACAUCCAGCAAACCGACACCCGGCGAGAUUGCGUCCGGCAAGACGAAACUGUACGUUGGCCAUCGACCCACGAGAUGCGAGCCGAGCGUGACGCAAAACCAGACCCCCAUGUUCUCCAUUGACCUGAACAUGCCACCCCUGAAUAGCUCGGAAUCGCGCAACAAGCCCCUCAAGCUGGCAUCGAAACAGACGGGGGAGAACAGCGAGACGGGGAAGCCUAGCUUGGAUGGUUCGGUUUUUCAAUUUGGGGCGGGCCGUGGAAACGCCUUCAAUUUCACCUUCAAGCAAACAUACGGGUCUCUGGCACGAUGGGCGGGCCUGUAG